UGUGUACCUCGUAUUAGGCUACUCGCUACUCGUUCGAUACUUUCGAUGUUCAUCUUAACAACUUGGACUUUUCUAGCUUCGUACAUAUUUCUAUAAAUUAAGGUAACCAACUCCUUGGUCCCUUAUAUUUAAACCCUUAACCCCAUCUCAAGUUCCGUCUCUUGCAUUUAUAACAGAUGGACCGAGACGCAAUCCUCGCCGCUUCGAAGAAGCACAAUAUAGUCCCUGGAAGGGUGUACAAAUAUGGCACUGCAGGCUUUCGUAUGAAUGCCGACCUUCUAGAUGGCGUCACCUUCCGAGUUGGACUCCUCUCUGCUCUCCGGAGUCGUAAACUCAACGGCCAAACGAUCGGUGUAAUGAUCACCGCUAGUCACAAUCCUGCUGUGGAUAACGGUGUGAAGAUUGUUGAUCCCAUGGGAGAUAUGCUCGAGCAAGAGUGGGAAGUACAUGCUACGAACCUCGUCAACGCCCCAAGCCACGAAGAGCUUGUCGAUUACUUCUACAAGCUAGCCGACUCCCUCAAGAUCGACCUGACCUCCUCCGGCAAGGUCAUCGCCGGUCGAGACACUCGCCCUUCGGGGAAGACACUCGUUACAGCUCUUGCCGACUCUCUAGCUGCUACAAAUACCGAAUAUACCGACUUCAAGAUCCUCACGACCCCCCAGCUCCACUAUCUAACCCGUUGUAUCAAUACUGCCGGAACCCCUGGCUCAUAUGGUGAGGUCAGCGAGACCGGGUACUACAAGAAGCUUGUCGAAGCUUUCUACCGCGCACUCCGCGGGCGACGGGUCUCUGGGAAGCUAUCUGUCGACUGUGCCAAUGGUGUUGGUGGCCCGAAGCUUAGUGAGCUCCUCAAGCAUCACGACUCUUCGAAGACGGGCCUGGAGGUUAGGGUUGCCAACGAUGAUGUCCUGCGUCCGGAAGUCUUGAACCUGGACUGCGGUGCCGACUUCGUCAAGACCAGACAGCGAGCACCGGCAAGCCCCAAGCCCGCCCCUGGUGAGAGGUGGUGCUCUCUAGACGGUGAUGCGGACCGUCUCAUGUAUUAUUGGAUCGACCCGGAUACUGGCUUCUUCAUGCUUGACGGAGAUCGCAUUGCGACAUUGGCUGCAUCGUUCAUUGCAGACCUUAUCCGUACUGCUGGCCUGGAGGGACAGCUUCGUAUCGGUCUAGUCCAGACCGCUUACGCUAACGGAUCAAGCACAAAAUAUGUCGAGCAACACCUACAGAUUCCUGUGAUCUGUACGCCUACAGGUGUCAAGCACCUUCACCACGCCGCUUGCUCGUAUGAUAUUGGUGUAUACUUCGAGGCAAACGGUCACGGUACCGUCCUCUUCUCUCAAGAUGCCCUACAGGUAUUCAAGACCAAGGAGCCCCAGUCGCCCGCACAGAAGGACGCUCUCGAGACUCUCAGCGCCCUCGGAGAUCUCAUUAACCAGACCGUUGGAGAUGCGAUAUCGGAUAUGCUCAUGGUGGAAGUUAUCUUGGCACACAAGGGGUGGUCGCUAAGAGACUGGGCCAUGACGUACCAGGAUCUUCCUAACCGUCUCGUCCGCGUCGAAGUCGGUAACAAGGACCUCUUCCGAACAACAGACGCAGAGCGAAAACUUAGCCACCCGGAACACUGUCAAGACGAAAUCGACAAGGUCGUGAAGAAGUACACCAACGCCCGCUCCUUCGCCAGAGCUAGCGGGACAGAGAACGCAUGCAGGGUGUACGCGGAGGCGGCUACGAGAUCCGAGGCCGACGAGCUCGCGAACAAGGUCGCCGCUAUAGUGAAAGCAUACGGAGGCUAGUGGCUCGUAUGAGUUCUAUUUGAUAGUAGGUAGGGAUACACGAUGGAAGAACGAUGUAUCAUUGACAAGUUCGGGGGUCUCAAAAAUUGGUGAAGGGUCUUAGGAGGGGUCGUUAAGAAGCUAAGGCUAAGGAUGCGGGCUCUUACGUAUUAUGAACAUACCUUACGAAAAUAGCUAUAGCUGAAUGAUAAGUCGCAGAUAUUGGUUUUUUUUUUGAUGUUUUGAUAUAUAUAUAUUUUUUGCAUGUCGCGCCGCCUG